AUCAAGCGAAGGAUGGAAAUUACGAUGAUGGUAGAUUGAUAAUUGUGACUGAUAGCCAAGUUCUGGCAAUCAAACUACAUCGUUGUAACAGUGAGAAGAUAACAAGUUGCACCGAAUGUUUGGCACUGCAAGAUCCUUAUUGUGCAUGGGAUAGACUUGCUGGAAAAUGUCGCUCACAUGGCGCUCCACGUUGGCACGAGGAAACACACUUCUAUCAAAAUGUGGCAACUGGUUUGCAUGCAGCAUGUCCAUCUGGUAAAAUUACAUCAAAAGAUACAAAUGCAAAUGAAAUUAAAGGCUUUCGCAAUGAUAUGGGAUUACUCGAUUCGCAUCGUUCAAUGAAAGAUUCUAGUGGUGAGGUUAUAAAUAUUAUGCAAGAAAAAAAUUUCGAUGGAAGUGGCAACGGGAAUGGACCCCAAAUCGCUGACAUUGUCACAGCUCAAUAUUCAGUGGAAACCCUCGUAAUGGCUGUAUUAGCUGGCGGAAUUUUUGCAUUGUUAGUUGGAUUCAUAACGGGAUAUUUUUGUGGUAGACGAUGUCACAAAGACGAAGACGAUAAUCUGCCUUAUCCAGACACAGAGUACGAGUAUUUUGAACAACGCCAGAAUAUAAAUCGUAUUCAAGCCGAACCGAAAUUAUUGCCACAAGUUGAAGAGGUUACCUACGCUGAACCGGUUCUACUUCAACCGGCUCCAAGUCAAAAUAAAAUCCACUCACCUAAAAAUACCCUUCGCAAGCCAACAAUGCACCAUCAUGGAGGCGGACCAAACUCUGAAUCACUAUUCCAAUUCCAACCAGAUGGAUACAAUACAACGUAUCGUGGACGAGAUAACUUUGGUACAUUGCGAUCGCAUCAGACUCUGCAAGGUGAUAACUAUCGACGCGGUGACGGAUUCUCAACAACUCGAAGUGUCAAGAAAGUAUAUCUUUGAGACGCGAGUGGGGCGGCUGACUUAAACACUAGUCAGGGAUUAAUUAAUCAAAAUAUGGUAAAUAUAUUUUGAAUGAAAUAAAC